AUGGACAACUCGCUUUCCUUGGCGCGCAAUCCCGAGGAGAUUUCGAGUGACGGCGAAGAUGAGCAUCUGCAGCAAACGAACGAGGAGCCCCUCACAGGCAAUGCCGCCGCUGCAGUCAAGGUCGAUUUUUCAGACAAAGCCGCUGUCAUAGCCGACAUCGAAACGAUUCGGUUGAGCGAACUUUUCGAGCAACUCAGCGUGGCGGAGGAAAAACCCGUCGGCCUUUUACAGGAUGAAACUGCCUGGAAAAAAAGAUCCACCCUAUGGCAGAUGAAAUACGAAGAUGCGCAAGCUCACGGCAUCCUCCAAAAGGAACUAUCUCACAAAUCACAGGAACAGUUCUGCAGGAAUUUGAUGAGUUUAUCUGAAAAACUCCUCGCCAGCUUGAGGCGCUCCGCUCAUUUUGAGAACUAUGACGCUCUUUUGAGGUUGGGCAAGGACCUUCUGACAAAAUACGUGGCCAAGGAAAAGUUCAACGCUGCUCUGGUCCUUCUCUUUGCACCGCGAUCAACGUUUAAAUCACCUAAAUCGAUCAAGAUUUGGCAAACGCAAGAGCACAUGUUCUUGUAUGAUGCUGAUCGCGAAAAGACAUGCCUGUCGAGUCUUAUUCCAGUGCUGCUCACCUCGGACAAAAAUCUUCUGCUCCGGAUCAUCAAUAAAGGCGUGUCAACCAUGAUGGAAACUAACUCACUGAACCUCGUUGCCAGAGACCUUUCGCGCUGGUUCGGUCUGUCAGACUCUAGCAAGGCAGUGCGAUACUACCAGGCCACAUUACUCGCUUACUUUUUGACUUCCACUGAUAUCGGCCGACGUAUGAGUCAGCGCUGCAACUUGUCCUGGUUAGGUCUUGUCAAUCUCGCCCUUGCCCACCGGCCUCACAGCAAGUGUUGGGUUUCGUACGUCCAUCGGGUUGGGCCCCAUAAGCCUCCAUAUGGACAAUAG